GCAUACCCUACAUCGAUGCCCCCAGCGAGGCUGAGGCACAAUGUGCCCAAUUGGUUAAGGAUGGGCUGGUCUAUGCCACAGCCACAGAGGAUAUGGACGCCCUAACGUUCGGUUCAAAAGUGUUGGUGAGACACCUGACUUUCAGCGAGGCUCGCAAGAUGCCCAUACAG